AUGGCCCCUCGAUCGCGGCCCAGCGCCGUUGACGCCGAUACAUCCAUGUCAGAUGCUCCCGAACCCAUCCCGCUAGACGACCAUAUGCAGGUCGACGAGACACCUGAUUACAGCGAUGACGACACAACGAACCCGAACACCACAGCCAGCAGCGUCGCCGGAGAUGCCGUGGACGGCCGGAAGAAGAGAUCAGAAGCGAACCAACUACGUCGGAGCAUAUUUGGCAAGAAGCACGAUGCCUUGGGUGAAUCCAAGGAAGAUGACAGCAUACGAAGAUUCCGAUACUUACUGGGUCUCACAGACCUCUUCAGACACUUCAUCGAUACAAACCCGAAUCCACGCAUUCGUGAGAUCAUGUCCGAGAUCGACCGUCAGAACGAGGAGAACGAGAGGACAAAGAAGAAGGGCAGCCGCCAAGGUGGCGCAACUACAGGCCGUGUCCGCCGCACAGAGGCCGAGGAAGACGCCGACCUCAUCAAGGAUGAACGACACGGCGGGUCUGCCGAAACUGUAUUCCGCGAGUCGCCCCCUUUUAUCCAAGGUCUUAUGAGAGACUACCAAGUCGCCGGUCUCAACUGGAUGAUCUCUCUGCAUGAGAACGGUAUCUCGGGUAUUCUCGCCGAUGAGAUGGGUCUGGGAAAGACGCUCCAGACCAUCUCGUUCCUGGGCUACCUGCGUCAUAUUAUGGACAUCAAGGGCCCUCAUCUGGUCGCCGUUCCCAAGUCUACGCUCGACAACUGGAAGCGAGAAUUCGGAAGGUGGACCCCUGAAGUCAACGUGCUCGUGCUUCAGGGUGCAAAGGACGAACGUGCCAUUCUGAUCAACGACCGCCUGCUUGAACAGGACUUUGAUGUGUGCAUUACAAGUUACGAGAUGAUCCUGCGCGAGAAAUCGCACUUGAAGAAGUUCGCCUGGGAGUACAUCAUCAUCGACGAGGCGCAUCGUAUCAAGAACGAAGAAUCCUCCUUGUCCCAAGUCAUCCGAAUGUUCAACUCCCGAAACCGAUUGCUCAUUACCGGAACCCCGCUUCAGAACAACCUACACGAGCUCUGGGCUCUGCUCAACUUCUUGCUUCCCGAUGUCUUCGGUGACGCCGAGGCUUUUGACCAAUGGUUCUCCGGCCAAGACCAGGACCAGGACACCGUCGUCCAGCAACUCCACCGCGUUCUUCGACCUUUCCUGUUGCGUCGUGUCAAGGCCGACGUGGAGAAGAGCUUGUUGCCCAAGAAGGAGGUCAACCUCUAUAUCGGCAUGGCUGAUAUGCAGGUCAAGUGGUACCAAAAGAUUCUCGAGAAGGAUAUCGACGCAGUUAACGGUGCUGGUGGCAAGCGCGAGUCCAAGACUCGACUUCUGAACAUCGUCAUGCAGCUUCGCAAGUGCUGCAACCACCCUUACCUUUUCGAGGGUGCUGAGCCUGGCCCACCUUACACCACCGACGAGCAUCUGGUUUUCAAUUCGGGCAAGAUGGCACUCAUGGACAAGCUCCUCGGCAGACUGAAGGUGCAAGGCAGCCGUGUGCUGAUUUUUUCCCAAAUGAGUCGUCUGUUGGACAUUCUGGAGGACUACUGUGUCUUCAGAGAAUACAAAUACUGCCGUAUCGAUGGUGGCACCGCCCAUGAAGAUCGUAUUGCUGCCAUAGACGAGUACAACAAGCCUGGCUCUGAAAAGUUCAUCUUCUUGCUAACAACCAGAGCUGGCGGUUUAGGUAUCAACCUGACCAGUGCUGACAUCGUUAUCCUUUAUGACAGUGACUGGAAUCCCCAAGCAGAUCUGCAAGCUAUGGACAGAGCCCACCGUAUCGGUCAGACAAAACAGGUUGUCGUGUAUCGAUUUGUUACCGAAAACGCCAUUGAAGAGAAGGUCCUCGAGCGAGCUGCACAGAAGCUGCGUCUCGAUCAGCUGGUCAUUCAACAAGGUCGUGCUCAUCCGGGCGCUAAGGGACCCGCCGCAAAGGACGAACUUCUAAGCAUGAUCCAGCAUGGAGCACAAAAUGUUUUCCAGACCAAGGGUGGUACGGGACUGGCCGCGAAGGGUUCAGGCCUUGACGACGAUGAUAUCGAAGCUAUCCUCGCAAAGGGCGAAAACCGCACCAAGGAGCUCAAUUCAAAGUACGAAAAGCUCGGACUGGACGACCUGCAGAAAUUCACUUCAGAGUCUGCGUACGAAUGGAAUGGCGAGACUUUCGGCGGCAAGAAGAAGGGUGGUGAAGUCAUGUCCUGGAUCAACCCCGCCAAGCGUGAGCGCAAGGAACAGUCCUACAGCGUCGACAAAUUCUAUCGACAAGCGAUUUACGGCAACAGUGGCAAAGAAGACAAGAAGCCCAAGGCGCCGCGAGCACCAAGGCAGGUCCCUGUCAAUGACUACCAAUUCUACCCGCCGAGACUUCGCGAGCUUCAGGAUCGGGAAACGGCUUAUUACCGCAAGGAGAUUGGUUACAAGGUGCCUGUGGCCGAUGGUGACGAUGACAACCUUGAGGAACGAGAGCGGCAGCGUGAGGCAGAGCAGAAAGAGAUUGACGAUGCUACCCCCCUGACCGAGGAGGAGCAGGAAGAGAAAGCCAAGCUUUCCCUUCAGGGCUUUGACGAAUGGAACCGCCGCGACUACCAGCAGUUCAUCAACGGCUCUGCCAAAUAUGGUAAGAACAACUGGGACAAGAUCGCGCAUGAGGUCGAUAGUAAGACCCCUGCCGAGAUCAGGGCCUAUGCCAAGGUCUUCUGGCAGCGCUACGAAGAGAUUUCAGAGCAUCAGAAGUCUCUUGCCGUUAUCGAGGCCGGCGAGGAGCGUCGAAACAAGACAGAGCACCAACGUAAGAUGCUACGCAAGAAGAUGCAACAGUAUCGUGUGCCUCUUCAGCAGAUGAAGAUCAACUACUCGGUCAGCACCACCAACAAGAAGGUCUAUAACGAGGAGGAGGAUCGUUUCUUGCUUGUCCUUCUGGACAAGUUCGGACUUGAUUCUGAUGACCUGUAUGAAAACAUGCGCGACGAAAUCCACGACAGCCCCCUCUUCCGAUUCGACUGGUUUUUCCUAUCUCGUACGCCCGUUGAACUGUCUCGUCGCUGCACCACGCUCCUUACCACCAUUGUGAAGGAGUUCGAGGACGUCCACCCCAUGAAGAAUGGCGCGAAUGGUAAGAGUAAGCGCGAACCAGAGGAGGAAGAGGAAGAGGAGGACAGUGUUCUUUCUAGCCGGGCUUCGAAAAAGACCAAGGCUGCCAAGAACAAGGCCCUGGAAAACGUUAAGAGUAGCAAGGCCAACUCACCCUCCUCCCGCGCCUCAAGCGUCGCUUCAGCCACCUCAGCUUCUGCCGCCAAGAACAAGGGCAAGGGCAAGAAGAAAUAA